AUGGAGCAGCGGACCACGUUUGACGAGAUGGUGCUGCGGUGGGUGGAGUCGCUGCACGGGCUCCCGCGUGAGGCGCGGUUGCGCGUGCUGCAGCACACGUGCGACAGCCUCGCAUUGCGGCCUGACGCGAAGCCGCUCGCAGCAAAGGCGCAGUCGGUGAUGCGAGCCGUGCAGACGGCGCCUGACACGGGAGAAAUGCGGCGGGUGGCGGUAUCACUGGUGAAGAACUGCGUCGCCGCUUCGAUAGAGAAACAGUUGGUGCCGUAUUGCACGUUGACGCUUCGCUGCGGCCAUCGCACCGUUCGGCGACUCGCGGACGCGGCAAAUGUGGCUGCGGAGCUCGCUGCGCAGAACACAGCAGCAACGGGGCGGUGGCGGCUUGUCGGCGAACCGCAGACGUGGGCCCUCGCCACUGACGGCAUGCGCACCAUUGGGGUGCGAACGGGGUUUGCGUUGGACAGCGAGGAGGUGACAGUGUCGUUCCACGACGAGGUGGCGUUCGACGCGUGCGGCCGCGUCGACCACAUCGAGCGCACCUUGUUGGUGAGUUGCCCGUCGAACGAAGACGACGUGCGGGCGGCGUUGUGCUUUGGUUCCACGUGUCUCCCCGUGAGUGGGUGA